AUGUCAUUAUCAGAACUCACCGAGCAGCAACGAGCGACUAUCGGCGAUCGCGCGCGAGUAUGGGAAGUCCGACGCUUCUGCCAGGUGCUGCCAUCUGUCGUUAAAUACGUGCGUGGUUCGGACGCUGGCCUCACGAGCAGGCCAUUGGAGCCACACGGCAGAUACGUCAAGAAUGAACCAGACGGCGCGCUUGCUGCGUUGCUCCGUUGCGUCAUCCAUCAAACGGGCGCUGAUCUGGCCAUGGUCAGCUUGCUAGACGACCACACGCAAUACUUCAUCUCGGGGGCCAGUCGGGCCAACGCAGAUGAAGCCAAGGUCACCUUGGAAGACUCAACGCGAUGGUACGGAUGCGAGUCGGUAACUCAUCACGGUGGUCUGUGCGAGCGUACCAUCACGCGGCAGAAUGAGCCAGGCGGGAGCAUGGCACUCUACGAAGAGCUUGAUAUGGCUGAAUUGGAGAGAACCAAACAUCUCCCAUUUGUUCAGGGUGAUAUUGCCAAGUUCAGACAUUAUGCUGGUGUUCCUUUGAACCCCUAUGGAGGACCAAACAUUGGCACUGUCUUCACGUUCAGCUCAACGCCGUCGCAGGGUGGGCUCUCGGACGCCCACCGUUCGUACUUGUUUGAGACAGCGUCACACAUUAUUCGUCAUCUGGAACAAGCAGUAGAAGCACUGGAGGGUAAGCGUGUGCUCAAGUUCAACCAAGGUGUGGCUUCUCUACUCAAGAUGGGUACGAGCGCAGGACUGGCGGCUCAGCCUGCUCACAAGAAUCUUUCAUCAGGCGGCCAUACUGAACAUGAAGUUCUGGUGUCAAACCUCUAUCCCGCUGCAGCUCUGCAGCUGUACCAUCUUUCAGCUACAUUGCUCUACGAUACUUUCGAAUUUGACGGAGUUCGUAUCCAAGAGUUGGGCUCCUCAAGCAACAAGAACCCCAUCUGGAACGGCUCCAACGUGCUAGCCGAGCAUCUCGGACCAAAAGCGCACAGGCCUCAAGAACUAAGCCACAGUCUGACAAGCAGAUUGCUUGAAUUAUUUCCACAUGGGGCUGUGUUCCAAUUACUCAAUGACACUAGCGACAUCGUUGUUGCUACGAGCGCAGACGACGUCGCUUUAGUUGAAGAUACCCUCAUACUCAAGGAGCUUUCGAAAACCUUCCUGCGGGCUGAGCAGAUUGUCUUGAUGCCACUGUGGGAUGCGUUUCACGAACGUAAUAUCGGUGCGGUCCUCGGGUUCGCCGAGAAUCAGUCAAGAGAGGAUCCCAUCGCAGAAGGUACUGGCCUUGGACUUUCCAUUGUCAAGCAAACAGUCACUAUGCUGAGUGGUGAUGUGCAGAUUGAGUCAAACAAGAAAGAAGGCUCUACAUUCACUGUCACACUCCCAUCGAGUCAGGCACUUUAUGAGGCUCCAGAAGAGGCAUCAGAGAGCUCAAAUUUGCAGGCUGGUACUGCUGAGCUACACCAGCUUGACAUGAGCCUCUUUACACCGACGCGCUGGAGAUCAGGAGACUCUUUACGAGACCAGCGCUGUACUGAUUUAUUGUUGGGCUCCCUUGCGAAGAGUCUAAGCCGGUGGUUCCACAUUCGGGUCAUUCCUUGGGAAAGUGCAAGCAGAGCCUCGCCGUGGCGCUUGCUUGUUGUUUUGGAGGAGGACGAAGACAGUGCACUGCGGGCUUGCGGUGGCGCAUCUGACGACUACGAGCGCAUCCGUCUCUGCCCUGAUGUACAGACCGCUCCCAGUCAGUACUCAACGCCUUUGAAGGGUGUCGCGACAAUUGCGGGUGCGGUGACUAGUUCAAAAAUCCAGGAUGCGCUGGCGCACUUGUAUCCUAGCCAAGUCCCCCCCUCUGAGCUUCGCCACAACUCCGACCAGGAAUCAGUCGCGAAAAUCUAUGAUCAGCAACAGCCAGUAGAAGGGAGCCGCAGCCAAUUACGCGGAGACGCAACCGACGAAUGUCGUGCUGCGCCAACAGCAUUGCUGUCCCGGUUAGAACUCGAGAGGAGCCCCCAAUUAGACGGCGAGGAAAGCGGUGGGCAGCCACUGGCAAUGCCAGCCGCCAGCCCAGCGGUCACUCCAGAGAUGAACAUGGCAGCAAGGUCUAAUGGAGCCCAACCCGACCACCGAGACGUACAAGCGCAUACUGAGCAAGCAAAAGAGGCGGCAGUCUGUACAUCACCAGAGGCAGCUGUGGCAGAGCCUAGGCUGCUGCUGGUAGACGAUAACGCUGUAAACCUCAAGGUACUUGCCAUGUAUGCAAAAAAGUGUAGCAAGGCAGGUGCAACACCUGUCGGCGGUGGCCAAGAGGCCAUCGAUGCCUUCAAGAACGCCAACGGGUCCAGCGACGACACGGGUCCGCAACCUUUCGAUCUCAUUUUCCUCGACCUCUCUAUGCCCGAGGUCUCGGGCUUCGAGGUUGCGAGGGAGAUACGGAAGACGGAAGCGCGGUCAGGGUGUAAGAGGACGUACAUAUGCGCACUCACCGGGCUGGUGAGCGAAAAAGACCGCAAUGCUGCGUAUGCUUCGGGUGUAGAUAACUACCUUGUUCGACCAACGAGGCUGCAGGACUUGCAGGGCGUCAUUGAGAUGUGGCGGGAUAAAUCAAGCGAGAAAUGA